ACUAAAGUUGAAAAUAAAACUUAAAUUAAGCAUGAUUAGAUUAUUAACAACGACAUUUAGCAGUAACUGCGGCAGAACAUCUUCGGUGAUGCACAAUUUGUGCUGGCGGUUUGUCCCUGCCAAAAACACAGAACCUUACCGGUUGCUUUCAUCAGAAAUCGCUGCCCGGGUGUACGAUGUGAACACUAAAGUUCGCAAGGAUGUAAUACUUUUUAAGUAUGAAAAUCCUCGAUUCUUUAAAAUGCUUAACAUUUUUGCAGUAUCCCAGUUUUUAUUCUGGGGUUAUUUGUGUCACUUUUCCUACACUACACUUCGGGAUGCACCGGUAAAGAAAGAAACCACCGUUGAUUUACCGUGGUACCAAAAAAUUAAUCUUGGCGAAAACAAGUAUCGGAACAGCAUAGCUAUUAUGUGUUUCUUUAUUGGAUACGGAAUACUGUUCGCAUCGUGGAUGUUCACCUUAAGAUCUGUCCGCUACUUGGUGCUACGAAAAGGUGGUGAUUUGGUCAGCGUUGUAACUUAUGCUCCAUUUGGUUCAAAUCGAAUUAUGGAUGUUCCACUAAAAUACGUCUCCGCACAAGAAUCCCGAGAAGCGGCACGUGUAACUGUGCCGAUAAAAAUAAAGAACCGCGCACUCUUUUACGUACUAGAUAUGCGCGGUGAGUUUUUGAACACCAAACUCUACGACUAUACCGUGGGUAUGGCCCGCAAACUGAAAUGAUCUUACGGUUGCGAGUGAGGUUAAUAAAUCUGAACUUUAUUUAGUUACUGUUCCAUUAUU